AGGUAGCGGUAGUUGUUUGUGGACCCGCAGUUCCUCGGCGAGCCACCGACACUGUUUCCUAUUUUGGUAUACAGGGAUAACAAAAAUAAUCAUGGCCGAUGAUCCCAAUAGAGAUUAUUUGCCUAGAGAGCAUUCCUACGUAGAAAGUUAUCAGAGUGUGAAUGUAUUGCAAAUAGAUCCCCGAGAGCGGUUAACGAUAAGCAAGUUGAACCGUGAUGUGUUGGAAGACAAGUAUCUUCGACUGGUCGAAGAGUAUCAAAAACUCAAGAAACUAUGUAACAUAAACGAGGACAAAAUUAAGCGUCUCACUACCAAGUUGAUGCGAAUAUCUGCAUCGCCCUCAAGACCUUUCUCUUCUUCGACGCUUAAUAUUAACAAUGACAAAGACCGCAUUGCCAGUUUGAUGCUCGAAGUUAAUAAACUUAAAGAAAAAAUUCAUGUCUACAGAACUCAAUUAUUGAGUCAUGGGAUUUUAAGAUCGUCUUCUCAAAUGAGACGACUUCCUAAUUGUAAUUCUUCAGGUACCACAACUUUUCGAUCUGAGGGUGGACGAAUCAAAUUAGUUCAAUGUCCAAAUUUUAUUGAAGAUGGAGAAGAAAAUACCGACAACUUAAAUGAAAGGAUUGAAGAAUUAGAAGGACAAAAAAAAACUUUGAUUAAUCGAGUAAAAGAACUAGAAAAUAAAUUAUCAAUUGCCAAAAAUGAAAACCAAAAAGAAAAAAUAACAGAGAAUAUAGAGUACAUUCGAGUGUGGCGCCAAAUGAAGCUUCAGCAGGAAAAACUAACAGAGUUUGAAUCCAAAAAUAAGUUAUUGCUCGAGGAAAUAGAAGAUCUCAAGAGCUGCUUGUGUGAAGCUAAAAAGAGUUGCAGUCCAACUGCGAAGCUUGUGGAGAAGAAAUUGAUGGGUGAGUUAGAAGAGCAGAUUGCGCGUUCCCAAAGUUACCAGGCAGCCUUGCGGGAAAAAGACGAGCAAGUUCGCGACUUGACCAGCGAGAUAAAAAUUCUACAGCAGCACAACAGCGAGUUGAUUGGGAUCAGUACUAAAUACAGCCAAGUUGAAAUCGAGAAUAUGGAGCUGAAGAAGCAGCUGGGGGAUAUGAUGACGGAUAACCACAAUAUCAAGUGCGCUUGUAAUCAAGAACAGGCUAAUGUUAAGGCGCUCCAGGCUGCUAAUGCUCAGUUGAUCGAUAAGUUACAGGAGUUGCAACGCAACAAUGAUUUAAUGUCUAUACAAUUAAAGUCACCAAAGGGUCAAAAAGAGAAGGCAGACAAAACGAAUUACGAGAGCCAAUCGCCUAGAGAUAGCCCUAAAAAGUCAAAUUAUUGCCAAGAAUGUAAUAGCAAAAAAAUUAGGAGUAAGAAUGUUGAUGAUGAUGUGAAUAAAAGUAGAAAUGAGUAUGAAUUGCCAAUUGAAAAUACCUACGUCGAGUGUGGUAGCCAAACAGAUGUAUUCCCAGAGCGUGAUUAUGUUAGAUUUGAAAAUAAUGGUAGUAAUAAAAAUUUAGAAGAUUUUGGUGGAAAUAAAAGUGAUAAGCCAGGUAAUUUGUCGCCAGAAGCGAUGCUUAAGUUACUUGACGAUGCUCAAAUAAACACCCCGCUAGAUGCGCAAAAUGUGGCCAAAAUAAGAUUGCUAGAAGGACUAAGCCCCAACCACUACGGUGACACGAGUAAUCGACAGAGCUCAAGAUUUUGUAUAUCGCCCCAGGAGCCCGAUUAUCCCCAAGAUUUUAAUGAUUCCGAGCACAAUAAGUUCAUCGAGACAAUUUGUGACUUGGUGAGAGAUUAUUGGAAAAUCAACUGCAGUGAAAAGUCGAAGAUUGAUCACAGAAAAGUACAGCAGAGCUUUCUACAGUAUUUUAAUAAUCUGUUUGAGAAGCCAAGUACUUACUCCGAUCAGCAAAACACUAUUGAGUAUUGCAAAUGUUUGUCCUCGAAUUCUUCGGAUGACCAGUGGACUCAAAAUAUUCAACUUUGCCCAGCUAAAAGUAAAAAAGCUAUUUCGCAGACGAAGAUUAAUUCUGAGCUUAGGAUGUGUGAUAGGUGUACUAAAAUAAAUAAUUGCAAUUUUGACGAUAAAAAUGAUACAGAAUUCUCACCUAUUUCUAUCAGUGACCAAGAAGGAUUAGUUGAAAUUCGAAUUUUGUCUUUUCAUCCUUCAAUAUUUGCAGUGAAUAAUUUUUUUAUGAAGUACAACAGCGCGUCUCAGCCGUCGUUAUUUUUGAGUUGCGAUUUUUGUCACGAAGAAUCAAUUUCCACGUCCACAAUCAAAUACCCUCAAUUAAACUUUAACUCGUCUUACGUGUACCGAGUGUCAAACUUGACAAAAUUUUUUAAUUGUCUUCUAAACGACUACAUUUACUUCCAACUGUACUCUUUUUACCGAAACGUACAGCCUCACGUAAUAGCCCAAGGAAAAAUGAAUGUAAGAAAUAUUUUAGACCACCCACAGGAGAAGCUCAAUUAUUUUGUCAGCAUGGAUUGUCCUCCCUGUUAUCACUGCGAGAAUUUCGGAAAACUGUCUCUGUGGAUCAGGCUGAGUUGCGACGUCGAUAAAGUUAAGAAGUAUCGCCAAAAAAAGUGUUUGGAUAAAAAUACUUUCGACGUAAACAGUUCCGUUUCAAGUCACAAGAAAGUUAGUCCUAAAAAAUCGCUUCCAGUUCCACAAGAGCAGGAUUCUUAUAAAAAUAACGAGAUGACUUUAAAGUCUUCUAAAACACCAUCGGCUAAACAAUCGCCGCAUAAUAUUUCUCAAUCAAAGUCAUCGUUUUUUGAAUUACCUAAAUAUGAAUCGACCAAGUAUGAAGAAAAUUUACAUGAGUCGAAACUUAUUUCCACGCAAGCUAGUUUAAAUAAUUCAUUGGUUACUGAUGAUAAAGAUUACAAUGAAACAGAAGUUACUAUAAAAAAUUAUUCUGAUGAAAGUUUCAGAAAUUUAUCUAAUCAAUUUCAGAUAAACGAAGACGAUAAUGUAAUAAUAAUAAAAAUAAGUCGAUUAAAAUUAUAUAAAAAUUGUCCGCUACUAAAAAACCCGGACAUUCGUCAAUUAUACAUCGAAUUUUCAUUUUUAGGAUAUCGUGGAUCUGAAUUAGAAACUAAAUCAGUACCUAAACCUCGAACGUAUCAUGAAGAAAUGUAUUUUAAUUAUAAGAAAAAGUUUAAACUUGAUGAGAAGGAAAAUCCUCAGCAGUGGAAGAAACUACGGGCAAUGUUGACCGGAGCAGAGGACCCGAAUAUUCAAUUUAAGAUCGUAAGCGAGCCUUUGGAAGGCGAACACGAAAAGGAUUGCGUUGAAGUCGGCUGCGCGUACUUUGACUUGAAGAAGCAAACAGGCAGCCAUGACGUUUUUUUGGCGGUAACUAAUUUAGAAGAAACGAACGCUAUAGGAGUCCUCAAGAUUACCUGUCGAGGUAUAGACACAUUUCGCGAGCGUUUCAUAAAAUCAACAAAUUCACAAUAAAAAUCUAUAAAUAAAAAAUAUAUUGUGUCUUUUUGUAACUCUUUACACGGCAAAAAAAAUCUCUUUAGCUCUAAAAAUAUAUAUUUUUUGUAAAUAUAUUUUAUAAAUAUGUAGUUAAUUAUUAACUGCAUUUGUACAUUAUUUACGUAAGGCUUAAAUGUAUAAAUAUAAAUGUCAGUAAAAAUGUAAUUUUGUCAUCA